AACCUGUACUGUAAUUUUUUUUCUUCAGCUCCACUCCAACCAUUGGGCAGAACCCAAGCCACUACCACUGCCCCAGUCUCCCAGCCCCCUGCCCAGCCCACAGGUUCAAGUGGAGAUAAAUAUGCUGCCCUCGCUGAUCUGGACAGUGCAUUCUCAGCACCGGUGACAACUGCAACAUCAAUCAACUGGGGAGGAUUAGAUGGAGGCAUAAUCAACUGGGGAGGUACCAGCAGCACAGCAGCAUAUUCUCCACUCGGGAAGCCUGGAAAUCCAUUUCUCAACUCCAGGGUGGCCAAUCCGUUUGGAGUGGGGCCGCCAGUUGGACUGCCAGCGUUUUCUGGUGCCGCACCAACCUCCACAGUCAACCCCUUUCAAACUGCCAUGGUUGCUGGCAUGCCCACGUCAACGUCUGCCGGCUUUAGCGGCCACUUUGCCAUGCCAGGGCAGCCGGGCGCAGGAUUCAGCCAGUUUGGCCACAUGCAGAAUGGAGGGUUCGGCAUGGUCCCCUCUUCUGUGGGGUACGGUGGAGCAGGAGCUUUCACACAGCAACAGUUCAUGAUGCCCACACAGCCACCGGGAGUUCCGCAAGCAGGAGGCUGGACACACAUGGCGGCCAUCCCUGUAUCACAACCUGUUGCCAAUCCUUUCAUGGUGAUUGCAAUUUGUCGGUCUACUUGUCUGUAUUCCCUCAUUGCUAAAUGUAUGAGUUCCCUCGCUGUAUUCUUUUGUGCUGCUUCAUUAUUAUUUUUGUCCCCCACAUUGUUAUAA